CUUCACAAAAUGGCGUUUAAUUACAAAAAAAGAAUUGCCUUGACAAAAUUGCACGUGCCUGGAAGGGUGUCUAAGUGAUGACUAAGGAAAGUUAAUUUUGCUAAUGUUUUGGUAGUCAUCAGUGGGGUGUUCGCAGAAUAGGCUGGUAAAUAAAUCAUGGGGAGAAAAAAGAAGAAGCAGAUGAAGCCCUGGUGUUGGUACUGUAACAGGGAUUUUGAUGAUGAAAAGAUUCUCAUUCAGCAUCAGAAGGCCAAACACUUUAAGUGUCACAUAUGUCACAAGAAGUUAUACACUGGUCCUGGUCUGGCCAUCCACUGUAUGCAGGUUCACAAAGAAACCAUUGAUGGUGUCCCUAAUGCAAUACCGGGAAGGACUGACAUAGAGCUGGAGAUCUAUGGAAUGGAGGGUAUUCCAGAGAAAGACGUGGAGGAGAGGAGACGUGUGCUUGAACAAAAAACACAGGAAAAUCAAAAGAAAAAACAGCAAGAUGACUCCGAUGAAGAUGACUCGGAUGAAGAGGCUGGUCCCUCCUUCCAGCAGGUGGACCAGUCUUAA